AUGGCUUCUAUGGAAUAUUUUGAAAAUCCAUUUAAAGAUUUAUCCUGUAGUGCAACAUGUGACAUUCUUAACAACACUAGAGACUCGAUAUCAAAACAAUUUCAUGAUAUGGUGGAACAAUUUAAAAACGAAAAACUGUUGUUUUUAACCAAUAAUUUAAAAAAAGAUAUAUUCUAUGAUGAAACCAUAUACACUGGUUCUACUGGCUUAGCUUUAUUUUAUUUAAUAAAUUCAUUUCAUGGAAAUGAAGCUUGCCAUGAUACACUGCAGAUGGCAUUGGCUUAUAUAGACAUAAGUAAUUUGAAGAAUCGUCGAAUUAGUUUUAUAUGUGGUGAUGCUGGGCCACUUGCUAUAGCAACUGUUAUUUCGUAUAAACUUGGUACCCAGCGCCCUGCUAAUUUGCCGGAAUAUCAACAUUUGGCUCGAAGUCAGCAAUAUCCAAGUGGGAAUUUUCCUUCGUCACUUGGAAGUAAAUCAAGUGACCGAUUAGUGCAAUGGUGUCACGGAGCACCGGGAUUUGUGCCUCUAUGUGUGUUGGCAAAUCAAGUGUUUAAGGAAGAGAAAUAUCUUACAAUUGCUAAAAGAUGUGGAGAAGUAAUUUGGCAUAGAGGGCUAUGUAGCAAGGGGUAUAGUAUCUGCCAUGGCGUGAGUGGAAAUGCUUACGCGUUUUUGGAACUGUAUAAAGCUACAAAAAAAAGCAUUCACUUGUACCGUGCGUGCUGUUUCAUGGAGUGGUGCAUGUCGGCGAGGGCGGGCUCGGAGCUGCGCCGCCCGGACCGACCCGCUUGCUUGUUCGAGGGCUUGCUCGGACGAAUCUACUUGGCAGCAGAUAUUCUACACCCUUUACACGCCAAGUUUCCAGCUAUGUGUUUGCAGAAUGAC